AUGCAGCCUAAUGGCCCAGUUACCCUCCUGGUCAUGAUCCUCCCUCUUCUGGGAAACGCAGAGCUCGCCGGCCACGAUUCUGCGAAGAACCGACGAGGAGAAAUCACUCCCGCCCUAGUCGACCACCCGCGCCGGGAAACGCCUCGGGCCGGGAUGGCAGCGGCUAUUUGGAACAGCACUUUUGCGAUAUGCCCAGGAGACGAGUCUUUCUCGUUCAGCUUCACGUGCCGAGGGGAAGGCUGUGACCUACUCUAUGAUUUCCCGACCACCACUUGUGUCAUGAACGGCGACACCUUGUCAUGCUCCAACGGCGUGGAAUGCAAAGGCACCCCAGAUAUCGUCUCUACAGCAGAAUGGAUUAUCAGCGAUGAGAAUGUGUCUUUCAGAGAGCACACCACCUCUGAAGACUGUGAAAUAUCAAUGUCCUCUGCAGAUGCCAGUUCUCCUGUUAUGGUUGAUAAAGAUACUUGCGGAGUCUUGGCGGACGGAAAUACAGGUGGGCAGACCGAUUCUUCUACACCCACUGGUCAGACUAUAACCGACUCAACUGGUACCUCAACGGCUGGGCCAUCGCAACCCGCUACCAUCAGCAGUGCCAGACAGCUGCGUGUCAGUCCGGUUUCAGUCUUUCUGAUCGCGUUCAUUGUCUUUACGGACCUUGUCUCUGGAACACAUGCUAUUGAUCAAUCUACAACCCCAGCCCGGGGAGAACCAGUCUCGAUCCCGCGCCCGGAAAAACGCGCUGUUGCGGCGGAAAUCGACUGGGCGAAACCAUUAAAAGCCGCCGAGCACAUUGACAAGGAUAGUCCUAUGUGGAUCCAAAGGGAAAGCUUCGUCGAAGAACUCAAGGAUAGUGGCGGCCCUCAUGCAGGGCUCAAAAUCCGCAAGACUUACAACCCUGGCAACAUUUUUCGCGACGUUUGCGGUCGACCUGCUACUCUACUCGAACUGGGACUUAAGCCGGCGCCUGGACUGAAUAAGAUCUCGUCCUUGUUUUGCCCGCCCUCGUGUGCUGACAACAGUGAUUUCCGGCUAACCGAUCCUGGCAAUUGCGGCAAAUGCGGGAUCAAGUGCAAGUCCGGGACAUGUAUCCACGGGAGCUGCGUCGCCGAUGCGUGUGAUGCGACUGGCUUAUUUCCAUACUUCCAGAAAUGCGGCGUCGGCAUUAACGCAGGAAGCUGUACAGGCGCCAGCGGCAAUAUGUUCUCCGGGUUCUGUGUCCAAUAUCAAUCUUCUGCGCUUGGACCAAACGGCGAAUACUACGAGUCUCAUCGGGACUGUGACGUUGGAUACGCUUGCGCCAAGCUCCCAACGGGCGAGAGAUCUGUGUGUAUGGAUGCAAGUUCUUGCCUCAUCAACAGAGUACCAGAUAGCCCUUCCGAGAACGUUCCGCACUUCGAUCUAGAUGAGAAUGGCGAUCGGCUGGGACCCCCGCCUCAUAGAGUUUGGGUAUUUCGCUCUCGGACACCACUCUCCGGCGUUGCCGAAGGCGGGGACCUUGUGUACACUCAGCAUGCCGUUACUCUUCACGCCAGGAGUCCAAACUAUCUUGUCGUGGAUAAUGGAGGCAAGAUGACGGCCAACACAGGCUGCGUGAAAGUGGUGGAUACCUCUCAACCGCUGGAUACCGUUGGUGUGGUGAAUACUGCUGUGAUCGACAAACUGCCCGAAGGCUAUAGCUUCUACUUUGGCUAUACCUCUGAGGAGUACCUGAACGACGAGGCAAGCGACAGCUGCUGUCUCACCUUCUACAACGAUGACGAAUGUUCUCCAGGCUCGGCUAUUGGAGACGUGAGCGGCUGCGGUAUACAGGCCAACGACUUUACAGAAGAUGUUCUGAGUUGGAAGGUUGAUAAGUGCGAGAUGCUGUACAGUGAGAUUUAG